AUGCAAAUCUCAUCAUCUUUCUUAGCUUUAGCCCUUGGCCUGACGACAGCGGUCAAUGCCGCCUCAAUCGCCCAACCAAAUCGUCGUGCAGCUGACACUUCAUUUCAAAAACCAGUCUUGGGCUACAACACCUAUAAUGCAAUCGGAUGUCAGCCAACUGAAAAAUUUGCACAUGAACAAAUCAAUACAAUGCAAAAAGAUGGUUAUCUGGCAGCAGGUUAUGAUCUUUUUUCAAUCGAUUGUGGUUGGCAAGAAAAUAAUAUUCACAGAAAUUCAAGUGCAGGAAAUGCAAUUCCUCAAAAUUUAACAUCUUUCCCUGCGGGUAUGCAGGCUUUAGGACAAUAUGCAAUCAGUCGUGGAUUCCGUUAUGGUUUAUAUUCCGAUGCAGGCUAUAGAUCUUGUCUUCCAACCGCUAUAAGUGAUGAAGUUGGCUCUUUAGGAUACGAAAAUGAAGAUGCCGCUCAAUUCGCUUCUUGGAAUGUUUCCUAUUUGAAGUAUGACAAUUGCUAUGCUUCCGGUCCAACUCCAGCUGAUAGUGCUCCAUUAAGUCCCAGAAAAGACUUUAUCACAAGAUACUCUCCCAUGACGACUGCCUUACGCUCUAGAGGUAUUAUGGGAGAAUUGGUAUGUCAAUGGGGUUUGGGUUAUAUUACGAAUGCCGGCUACAUUGAAGGUCCGGUCGCUUGGACAGGUAACAUUUCAACAUCUUUCCGUAUGGCAGGCGAUAUUUCCGAUAAUUGGGGCGCGGUCAAUCGUAUUAUCAAUCAAGCAAUUUAUGUUGCAAACACAGACAUGACAGGUCCCGGUCAUCACGGUGAUGGUGAUUUAUUGGAAGUGGGUAACGGUGGAAUGUCGUUUGCUGAAGAACAAUCUCAUUUCGCUUUCUGGUCUAUGAUUAAAUCCGCUCUAAUGAUGUCUACAGACUUGACAAAACUUUCUUCCGAAGAGCAAAAGUUGCUCACCAACUCUAAAUUGAUUGAUAUCAAUCAAGAUGAUUUGGGCAAACCUGUCAAGCUCGUUCAACGUUACACAAAUGAUCAUGAUCUUUUUGCAGGUCCUUUAUCAAACGGUGACAUGGCAGUCUUGGCAAUCAAUCAGAUGAACUCGACACGUUCUUUGUCGAUUGACUUUUCCGAUUUGAAUAUCACAAAAGCUAACGUGGAAGAUUUGAUCUCUGGUUACACCGGAUCAGGUGCUUCAAGUUACUCAGCAAACAUUGACGGUCAUGCACCAAUUGCUUUAAGAUUGAGCAACAUUGUCAAAUCCACUAAAGCUCCACCUUCAGUUGAUUGGAUCGAUGCAACUUCCGGUACUCGAUCAGGUGAUGCAAACAUUCAAGUUUGCAGUGCUUGCCCAGGCGGUAAAAAGGUUGGCUACAUUGGUAAUGGGACGAAUAAUUCUUUAACAUUUGACAACUUGAAGGUCAACAGUGCAAAUGCGACAAUUUUGUUUGAUUAUUUGAACUGUGACGUCACCGUUACUUCAUCAACAAAUAUGAGAACAGGAUCGAUUUCUGUGAAUGGAGGUGAACCGGUUGAUGUUUCAUUCCCGAUCUCAGGUUACAAUUGGGAUGCAAGCAUUACUCACAAUUAUCGUGUUGCCCUUUCAGGUUUCAAACCUGGUUCCUCAAACAGUAUCAACAUCACCUCUACAUCAGGAUAUGCUCCUGAUGUAAGCAGAAUCGGUAUUAUUGCUUAAAACAAAAUGUCCCGUAUGUAGAAUCUCUCAUUUGAUAUAAUGAGGAAUACUAUUUUUCGUGGAUAGGGAUGCCUUUAGAAUGUUUUAAGCUAGUAAGAGAGUUGAUGGUAUCCAACGGAUGCAUGUCG